AUGUCAACAAGAAUAAUAUCAAAUAUUCAAUACAUUUAGGGAGAUUUAAUAAAAUUUUCGGUUCCUUGCAUCAUAAUUAUUGGAUGUAGAAAUUUGCUGCUCCAGGGUUGGCUAUAUUUGGAUUUGUUAUACCAUUAGCUUUGUUUUUCUUUAUGUUCAUAACUAAGAAAAAAUUUGAUAGGAUUAAAUUAAGGAAACAUAUUUGCUAUUUAUUUGAAGAAUAUACUAAAUAACACUAUUUUGGGAGUAAAUUAAAUUUUCAAAAAAGAUUUACAUAAUUCUUGUAAUGACUUAUUUUGA